UGGUCACGGAUGAAUAGAAGGGUUUGUCGUGAUAGUCGAAGUCUUAUUCAGAACCCAGCAACUGAACUGUAUGUAGGUAUAGGUGUACUUUUUAUUACAGUUAUUAAGCAAAACUAAACUAAACUACAAAAACAAAGAAAACUUUCAUCUCUUCACUCUUCUCCGAUGUCCUAACUGUUCUAAUCCCGUCGCGGCUAUCUCCGUCGCAUUUCGUCAUUCUCUCCGCCGAAUACUCACGCCUUCCUCCAUGACAAUGGCCGUCGAAUCUUCCUCCUCCUGUCAGAAACAACAUCAAAUUCAGGAGUUUCUAGAGGGGAAUGGAAACGUGCCUGUUGGUUGUUCUUGCUUGAAGUUAAAUAAACCAAAUGUUCAUGAUCUGAACUCACAGCUUCCUCUAGAUAUGCCGCCGAUUCUUGUUGAAGAAACUUCAUUUCCAGACAGAUUGCAUGCUUCACAGGUCCCAGAUGUUUAUAGUAUUUCAGUGGUACCAGAGGAAGCUGAAAAGGAAAACAGUGCUUCGCCACCAGCCUUCUUGAGUGUUGUAGAGGUUCCUAGUCAAGCUAAAAGCGGAAGGUGUUUAGACAGUCAUACUAAUUGUCAAAACAACAUUGAUUUUCAAAUGAAGAGCAAAGAUAUUUAUACCCAGUGCAUAAUUGAUAUACCUAGUGUGAAUGGAAACUCAGUUUCCCCUGAAUCCUAUGAAGAGGGAGUUGAAAGUUUUAAAACUGGGAACUCGCCAACAAGUGUACUGUGCAGAGAAUCAAGUCUAAAAGUAGGGGCAAAACUUAUGCAGAGUCUACCGAGCUUCAACAAUGCAAGAGAUAAACCAGUCACUGAAAAGUUACAUGAUUUGCCGAGUAACAAAUGGAGAAGAUAUAAGCGCUCUACCUCAUUCGAUUCCAGAAAAGUUGCCCUCCUGUUUUCAAUAUUGUCAAGUUUGGGAACAUUAGUAUUGAUAUAUCUGACAUUGAGGGUCAGGCAGAAGGCUGAUGGGUUUGUUCUUAUUUAAAGGUUCAAUCUUUACUUCCUCGUGGUUAAGUGUACACUUCUAUGUUUCUACGGUUGUUUAAUUUUAGCAUGUUUGAAUUGUAAUAGAGCUCCUUGUUAUGUUGAAGAUGGGAUUUGGGAAAUGUUAUUUGGUACAAAAAAUGUAGAUUACGUUUAUCCUAAAGCUCCUCUGUUAUUUA